AAUUUUCUUUGUUUACUUUUAACUUUCCUAGUUGGUGCUUUCGAUUCCUUAUGUCGAGCAUAUUGUAAAUAUACAGAAUUAUUGAAGGCAUUGAAAAUAUUAAAAUUCAUACAAUCUUAAAUAUUUAGGGGAAAAUUUUAUAAGAAGGCAAAGGAACUUCCCUUCUUGAAACAAUUGUCUUGAUAUAUUUGAGUGAAGCAACUUGAGAAAGAAAUUUGUUUGAAAAUAGAGAAAAAAUCUGGUGCUUACAGAUACAUUACUGAAAAGAUUGCACUUAAGAGCUUUAUGUGAAAGAAAGCAACUAUCUUUUCAUUUGUUGAAUUCCAAGAUUGUGUUGUCAUGAACCUAAUGCCAAGCUAAGGAGAAAAGCUGAUAAAUCAUCACAUCUUUCGGAAUAAGAGUGGCAACAAUAAGAAAAGAAUACAUUUAAAUUACAUUCAUCGUGAAAAUUUUAUUCUCAGAUUGGAAAUAAAGAGAUGUCUCGUGCCACUGACAGAAAAAGUGCUUAAAAGUGCAAUUUCCUCAUUGACCAUUUAAUCGAGAAAUUAUUUUCUUGCUAAUUUUGUGAUCAUUUCUCAGCUUCGGAAUUGAAAGAAACGUUUGCCGAUUCAUGCUAAAGAGAAACCACAUACGUGGCACAUUUGUUAUAAAGCAGUUUUUCAGCUGUCACAUUUAAAAAUUCAUUUAAUGUCGCUUAUGAAUGAGGAAUCGUAUGCUUGCAACUUUUGCAACAAAGUCUUUUCUAUGAUUUUCAAUUUCAAAAGACAUUUACGGACGCAUACACAAGAGAAACGGUUUAAAUGCGAGAUUUGUGAGAAAGUCUUUUCCCGGAGCUAUAAUUUAAAAUUACAUUUGCGUUUGCAUACUGGAGAGAAACCGUAUAUAUGCGAGUUUUGCGAGAAAGCCUUUUCCAAGAGUCAGUAUUUAAAAGUACAUUUGCGUCUGCAUACGGGAGAGAAACCGUACACAUGUGAAUUUUGUAACAAACCCUUUUCGGAUAAGUGGAAUUGCAAAAACCAUUUACGAACGCAUACACAAGAGAAACCGUUUAAAUGCGAGAUUUGCAAAAAAGCCUAUACCCAGAGAAGUACUUUAAAAGAACAUUUACGUCAGCAUACGGGGGAGAAACCGUAUACAUGUGAAUUUUGUAACAAACCCUUUUCGGAUAUGGGGAGUUGCAAAAAACAUUUACGUAUGCAUACGGGAGAGAAACCAUAUGCAUGCGAAUAUUGCAAAAAAGCCUUUACCCAGAGAAGUACUUUGAAAGUACAUUUACAUCUGCAUACGGGUGAGAAACCACAUACAUGUGAAUUUUGUAACAAAUCCUUUUCGGAUAAAAAGAGUUGCAAAAUACAUAUACGUUUUCAUACGGGAGAGAAACUGUAUGCAUGUGAUUUUUGUGGCAAAUCCUUUUCGGAUAAAGGGUCUUUCAAAAGACAUUUACGGACGCAUACGGGAGAGAAACCAUAUUCUUGCGACAUUUGUAACAAAUCCUUUACGGUUAAGGGGACUUUAAAAAUACAUUUACGAUUGCAUACACAAGAGAAACCGUUUAAAUGCAAGUUUUGCAAAAAAGUCUUUACCCAAAAAAGUAAUUUGAACGUACAUUUACGUUUGCAUACGGAAGAGAAACCAUAUACAUAUGAAUUUUAUAACAAACCGUUUUCGGAUUAGAGGAAUUUCAAUAGUCAUUUGUGUGAGCAUACGGGAUAAACUCUUUGUAUGCCACAUUUGGAGGAAAUCCUUUUCCAAACAUGGGGAUUUAAUAUCAAACAAAUGAACGUAUACGUAACGUAAUUAACGAAACCGUACACAUGUGACUUCUGUAAUAUAAGAUUUUCUCAUUCCAUUUCUUUGAAGAAAUAUUUGUUGAAGCAUAUCAUAGAAAAUGAAUGAAGUGUACUCCUCUGAUGUUCAAUAAAACGCCUAUUAAUGGGAGAACUUCACUUCAUCUUAAAGAGUAAGACUUUAAUAAUGAUUUUUUAGUGAGAUAAUAUUUUGUAGAUUUCCAUUUUGUGAAAUAAUAUCUUGUAGAUUUCCAUUUUGUAUUGCAAAGCGUAUAAUGCAUAUUCAUUGUUAUUAUACAGGGAAAUUCUUAUAUUUAAAUUAAUAUUCCAACUUUGCAGGGCCAUUGAAGAAAACAAAGCAAGGUAUAAUCUUGUUCAUCCGAAAUACAAAGAGCAGUUGAAAAUUUAAACAAUACUGUUAUAAAUGUUCAUUAGAAGCACCUCCAAAAAAUAUGAACAUUAUAACAACGAUGCGAUAUCUCAUCCCAUACCCUUUCAGUUUCUCCAAUAUCAUGCUUUUUAAGUUUGUCAAUGUCAUUUGAUAACAGGGGAAUAAACACCUGCUGUUUGUUGUAGCUCCAGGUUAGCUAAUUAAUGUGAAUAUGUUUUAUACGCUUGCGUUAAAAUGUUUCCAAUAAAAAUUUGCAUUUUAUUGAAAA